CCUUAGGCGCCACAAGCUGUUGCCAAGCACAAGGAUGGCCCUAGCGCGCUCCCUUCGCGCCCUAGUGCGCUCUGCUAAGUCAUGUUCCGAACCAAUUCUACGUACUGCUCCACUCGCUGCUGCAAGUUUAGGCGAUGUUGGGCAACCACUGUUGUCGCGGUCGCGGGAGCAGGCCACACAGCAACUAUAUAGCAAUUAUCGCUAUCCAGAUUACGACACAUUCUCAGGCCAUUAUGGCACAGCUGGCUUUGGCUUUUCCGCAGCAAGCCCAUCGCUCGCGAGCAGCUGUGCGAGCAGCGAGAGCCGCGGCCCUUAUGCAAGCGGCCCUUUUGCAUCAGCCAAUGGCCUCCUGCAUGUCGCAGCUGGCUUUCUGGCCAUGUUGCCUGUGACAGCCAUGGCAUCGGGUGGCGAUGCUGGCACCGACGACGCGUCGGGCUCCGCGGCCGGUGGAGUUGCUGGACGGGCCGCUGGUUCUGCUAGUGGCGUUGCAGGCGGGGCGUCUGGCCCGUCAGCGGCCGGGGAGGACGGGGACGGAAGCCGCGGCGAGGAUUACUGCCCGGACUUCAUUGUGAAGUUCUCAACGGAGAUCAUUGAUAAGUACAUGCCGAAGAAGGGGGCCAGCGCGGAUGAGAAGAAGAAGAUCAUGGCAACCUGGGCGCAGAUGUACUGGGCAGUCCCCGACGCCAUGCUGGUUGCCGCGCGGAAAGACCCCUCCUUCAGCCCUGACCUCGUCCGCUUCUCGGGCACCAAGAUCUACUUCAUCGCUUGGGACCUAUUCUACCCGGACCAGCUGCUGGACCUGUAUGGCAAGGCUAUGCCGCCGUGCCCAAACUGCUACAGUAAGGGGAAGGGCAGCGAGCUGGCCCGGGCGGCGGCGGCAGCGGCGCACGUGAACUCCAGCGGCUGGGCGCAGAAGCCACGGCGGUUUGUGGACAUGGACCAAGACCACUACGUGAGGGCUCGCCAGUAUCGCUGCUCUGCAAGCAAGAGCGCGGGCCAGGCUAAGGGCUGUGGACGCUGCUUCAUGGCAACGGACCCGGACGUGCUAUCGGCGAUGCCGCCGUUCUUCAGAGAGCGCGUGCCGUGCUACCUCACCCGUAAGGCCGGCAUCAGUACCACUGUCAAGACCGCCAUGGAGCGCGACAUCUGUGAAGGGCGCUCGUUCAACGACUUCGCUGAGGGUGUGGCCGAGUGCCACAGUAGCCGCCUCAUGCGGCACGCCCUCCAGUAUGCAAGCUUGCAAACGAUUCGCCCCAACAUCCAACGUGCAUACAACCCAUCCUCGGCACCGCAGUUCCUGUCUGGCCUCUUCACGGGGCCCCGUGGUGUCCCCACGGGCCAGUACUACUCCACCGCCUACCAGACCAGCAACUUCAGUGAUGCACGGCGUGAACAGGCGCACGCUAUGCUCACAACCACGCCUGCACGUUACAACGUGCUCAAGUUCGACCACUGCCACAAGCCCUCCAAGCUGGUCCGAUUGGGUGAUUCCUCCAAGGCGUGCAUCGGCACGGCCUGGGCCCUCAACGGAGCUUCGGAGGUUAUGGGUGUGUGGCAGGUCUCUUCCACGUCGGUGUGGGACUUGCGAGAGGAGCUGCACCGCAUGAGCAAGCGCGCCAUCGCCCUGGGUGAGCCAAUUCGGUGCGUGUACGUGGACAACGCCGCGCAAACUGAGCGGGUGUGGCGCGCCAUCAUCGACACCGAUGUGAGUGGUGGCGUGAUGGUCAAGCAGGACACCUACCACCUGAAGAGGCGCUUCAUGGAGGCGGUGCCGCGGACACACAAGCUGCGCAACACCUUCAGCUUGCGUCUGUCCGAGAUCCUGCUGCCUGCCGUGGCGUCGGAUGUCAAGGAGCUCUCUCUACGCGGCUUUUCAGAGCAGGAGGUGCGGCGUCGGGCGCGCAAGUACAUUUCCAGCGGCCGGGAUGUGCUGGACAACGUCAAGAAGUUGCUGCAGCAGUUCAAGCAGAUGGACGGCGGCGCCGACUUCAUCACGGCUUCCGUGGAAAAGGUGCUCGCCAACCAGAUGGCUCUGGUUGCGAAUGGACGCGAUAUGAUCUCUGACCCGUUCCCGCUCGAGAAGAUGUACUACAUGGACGAAACCGGCCACUGGCGCAGCAUCCGGACGACCAGUCAAGUUGAAAACCUCAACCGCCGCUACAACGGCCUGCUGCAAGGUCCAGUAGCCCCGGGGCUCUGCGACCACAUGACGCUGGACUUCCUGGCCCGCAGCAACAUCGACCAAGCAGCCCGCCGGCGCCAGCCCGUUGACCCAGCCCUUCCGCCGCACUUCUAUGACCUCAGCCUCGUGACCCGCAUCAACUCCUGUUUCCCGAAGGGUGCAGAGCCCUUCGGGACAUGGGAGGCGCGGCGGCGGGCGGCAGCAGAGGCGCCGGUCGAGCUGUUCGGUUUCAAGUGGCAGGAGGCGCAGGUCACCGGUGCGUUGGUCAAUGGGCUGAAGCAGCAACCAGAUCCCAUGGACCUGGGUGUGCUGGAUGACGAGGACGCGGACGGGGCGGAGGACUGGGAGGGUAGCGGUGAUGAGCAGGUGGAUGCGCCUGUCGUGCGAGACGAGGAGCUGUCCGCGUGGCGAGAUGCUCUGCGCGUGGGCGCCAACACCGACCUCGUUGGAGCAGCUGGGGUUAGCGCAGCGGCGGCGGCAGCGGCGGGGCUGGCGGGCAAGAGCCUGAGCAGCCCGCCGGCGCACGACAACACUAGUGCAGCGGCGGCGGCAGCAGCGGGGCUGGCGGGCACGAGCCUGCAGGCUCACAACAGCCCGCCCGCGUACGGCAACAGUGGUGCAGCAGCGGCGGCAGCGGCUGGGCUGGCGGGCACGAGUCUGCAGGCUCGCAGCAGCCCGCCCGCGUACGACAACAGCGGCUUCAGCUUGAAGCAAGCGAUAACAGCGGCCCUCGACCUCGGCAACCAGCAGGCUGACCGUUCAGGCCGCAUCAUCUUCAACCUGCUGGGCGCCCUCGGCUGGAUCGAGAAGCGGGCGUGGCCGCACUUGGAGGACGUGCUGGUCUGGUCUGCGCAGCUGCGGAGCCAGCUUGCACAGCAAGUAACGCAGCUGCGUGGUUCAACAGACCCGGAGGCUGCCUGCAGCCUGGCGCUGGCUGAGCAGCGCCAGCAGGCACUUCAGCUGCUGACUGACCGGACGCGCGGCUGGGACCCCGACAACUGGCCGCCCUCGCUGCCAUCUCCCCGCCAGCAGCAGCCAGUGCGGGUGACGACGCUCAGCAUGUUCCAGCAUGCACAGCCUGUACAGUCGCCAGCUGAGAAGGCGCUCUUCGUAGAGCUCGGACAGCAGCACAGGCGGGACUACGAGGAGAUGGCCACAGUGUGGAAUACACGGCUAAUCCAGUCGCCCACGCUAGCCCAUGCGGGCGUGACGCCCAAAACGUCGCGGCUGUUGAAAGAGUUCAACGACCAGAGCGCGCGAGCUUUGGAGGUUGCACACAUGACGUACGCCCACACGGCCAUCACAGCACGGCAGGGACCGCUGCCGAUGGCAGCGGCCUCGUUCUAUAGCAGCACGGUGUCGGACAGCCAGCUUGGCGCGGUGGCGGCUGAGCAGCAGCAGCAGCAGCAGCUGUUGCAGCCACCUUAUCACGCGCCGGGUGCGGCAGGCGGCGCGGUGGUGGCGGGAGGGCAGGCGGCGGCGGCGGUGCAGCAGCAGCAGCCGUUGCAACUGCUGCUGCCACCUUAUCACGCGCCGGGUGCGGCAGGCGGGGCGGCGAGCAGUGGCGGUGCGCUGAGUGGCCCGCCCGACCAGCAACACGCCUUGCGCCUGCAAGUGGACAGCCAGCUCGGCACGGUGGCGGCGGGAGGGCAAGCGCAGGCGGCUGAGCAGCAGCAGCAGCAGCUGUUGCAGCCACCUGAUCACGCGCCGGGUGGGGCAGGAGGCGCGGUGGUGGCGGGAGGGCAGGCGGCGGCGGCGGUGCAGCAGCAGCAGCCGUUGCAACUGCUGCUGCCACCUUAUCACGCGCCGGGUGCGGCAGGCGGGGCAGCGAGCAGUGGCGGUGCGCUGAGUGGCCCGCCCGACCAGCUACACGCUUUGCGCCUGCAAAUGGACAGCCAGCUCGGCACGGUGGCGGCGGGAGGGCAAGCGCAGGCGGCUGAGCAGCAGCAGCAGCUGUUGCAGCCACCUGAUCACGCGCCGGGUGGGGCAGGAGGCGCGGUGGUGGCGGGAGGGCAGGCGGCGGCGGCGGUGCAGCAGCAGCAGCCGUUGCAACUGCUGCUGCCACCUUAUCACGUGCCGGGUGCGGCAGGCGGGGCGGCGAGCAGUGGCGGUGCGCUGAUUGGCCCGCCCGACCAGCUACACGCUUUGCGCCUGCAAAUGGACAGCCAGCUCGGCACGGUGGCGGCGGGAGGGCAAGCGCAGGCGGCUGAGCAGCAGCAGCAGCAGCAGCUGUUGCAGCCACCUGAUCACGCGCCGGGUGGGGCAGGCGGCGCGGUGGUGGCGGGAGGGCAGGCGGCGGCGGCGGCGGUGCAGCAGCAGCAGCCGUUGCAACUGCUGCUGCCACCUUAUCACGCGCCGGGUGCGGCAGGCGGGGCGGCGAGCAGUGGCGGUGCGCUGAGUGGCCCGCCCGACCAGCUACACGCUUUGCGCCUGCAAGUGGACAGCCAGCUCGGCACGGUGGCGGCGGGAGGGCAAGCGCAGGCGGCGGCAUCACAAGCGGCAGCACAGGCGGCGGCGCAGGCAGCGGUACAGGCGGCAGCGCAGGCAGCGGCGCAGGCGCAGGCAGCGGCACAGGCGGCGGCGCAGGCAGCGGCACAGGUGGCGGCACAGGCGGCGGCAGCGUGGCCACAGCUGUUGCAGCCACCGCCGGGUGGGGCAGGCGGCGCGGCGAGCAGUGGCGGUGCGCUGAGUGGCCCGCCCGACCAGCUCCACGCUUUGCGCCUGCAAGUGGACAGCCAGCUCGGCGCGGCGGUGUUGUCCGGGGGGUGUAGGCUGGCGGCGGCACAGCUGCCAAUGCCGAGUGCAGGCCUGGUGGCGGCUGCGGCGGUUCCACGCGGCACAGCCAGCGGCAAGCGGCCCGCCCCUUCCACGCAGCCGAGCGAGGAGGAUCCGAGCGGGGAGCCACCACGCAAGCGCACGGCUGGUCGGCCGGUUGGCUCAACGGACCAACGGAAACGGCGCUGCAAGGACUGCAAGAAAGCGGGCUUCGACCAUGUGCACCACUGGAGAACCGCCAGCGAGUGCCUGAGCACGUGCAACGACUGCAGAAGCAAGGGCAAGAAGCUGCUCACAGGUGAUGGCAUCUGCACCAGCUGUGCGCGGCAGCGGUGGUGGAAGUGCGCACAGUGCUCCAAGCAGUCGGGGCGGCAGGUGAUUAGUGACGACCAGGGCGUGUGCCCGGUCUGCCAGACCAGGCGCAAGAAGUCAGGAGGCAAGUGGCUGUAAAUUGUACGGUCGCUUGAGUAACGAGUACCGCCAAUGUGCAAACGUAGGAGAAAGCCAGCGGAGGCAGUUACAUGUGACAAUGUGUGACAGGCACAGGUGACCGGUUACAGGUGACCGAUGUUGGGCGCACUAGGCAGCGAGAGAAGAGCAGGAGAGACGGGUGCAUGUGCGCGUACAUGUAAGAAGUCCCCGGGGACAGUGUUAAGGCAGGUUGGUGAAGUCCCGUAGGGUGCAGCUGAUCCAGCAGAUGGCAAACAAUUUGCAACGGCAGGGCAGGAGUGCGCGGCUUGAAGCUUGAAGUUUGCUGACGCGCAUUCGUCACGCUCCGGGCACGUGCAAAGGUGUGUGUUCAGUGCAGCACGCAUAGGUAUGCAUGCCGUUGACAUGUGGUUAGACAGACUGGUUAGACAGACAGCGCGGGGCAUGCAGUAGUGAGAGGCGGGCUCGCUUAUGUUCGUGGACCAGUAGCACGGGGCGAAAGCGGUGGUAGCAGCGUGCGCACUGCGCAGAGCAGGUGUGCGAAAGGAUGGGUGUGCGUGGGGGCAUGGGCAGCACGCCCCCCCCCACGCAUGAGGUACAUUCUUAAGCCAC